AUGGCAGAAAUGCUUAGGGGAAGAUUCAAAAGCCCUACAGAUGAGAUGGAUGAUGAUCGUGUGUUGACAGAGAGGAGAGGAGAAGGCAAAGGGAGGAGCGCCAACUGGCAAAAAUAUACCGUCAGGGAUGAAAGGAGGCGGCAAAAGGAGGAUGGUCGGAGAACAGGGCAUGACCGAAGACAUGAAGUAUCCGCUGAGGUGGUGGACUUAGCAUGGUUGAGGGCUAACCUUUCCUCCUCUGGAGAGAGGUUUCGAGCUUUUACAAAGCAACAGGGACAUGGACAUACAAAUCGUGGUUCACUAACAAGAGAACGCAGUGAAACUUCAGAAGCAAGUGAAGUUACAGAAGAUUAUGCCUCGUGUCCUACUGGGGUAGAUGGCUGCCGCGGCAAUGGAGGCCAGAUCUGCAGUGGGCACGGGAAGUGCUCAUGUGGUCAUUGUCAGUGCAACUCUGAUUACUAUGGCAGCACAUGCCAGUGUAGUGAUUACACCUGUGAUCUAUAUGACGGAAUGGUUUGUGGUGGACCAAGUCGUGGACAGUGUCGUUGUGGGGGUG